UAUAUAUAUAUAUAUAUAUAUAUAAGUAAUUGGGUAUACUUUGAUGUAUGUUUUAUCCUUUGUAAAGGUUUGAAAUUUUUAAGUUUGUUUAAUUUAAAUUUGAAAAAUUUAUAUCUUAGAAAGAAUCCUUUAUUCAUAGUUUCUUUCCCUGUUAUUCCAUCUGUUUUUAUCUUAUCCUGUUUUAUUGAAAAUAGUAUAAACAGUAUUGAUAAAGUGAAAUAUAUUAAACAAAGAAAAAAGAAAACUUGGUGAUAUAUAAUAUCAUAUCAUAGUGUUUCAGAAAAAAUAAGCUUAAGGGGGGUGACAGUCUAAUCAAUCAAUCCAACACUACAAACAACUACAAACAACAUCUAAAUGGUUAAUAGCCUUUCUCAUCUACAACUACAACACAUAUAACUUUCGUUACAGUCUUAAUUAAUCCCUAAACAUGAGUGAUCUAAAUAUUGGUUCAUCCAAUCAACAUCAACAACAACAUACUUCAGCUGCCUUAUUAGAACAAUUGGUGUAUAUCGAUACCUUUAUGAAUAAUAAUAGCGGUGGUUCAACCGGUGAUUUGACUCCUAAUUUAGAUAUUGAUGGUCAAUUAUCAAUCGAUUUAGCUGCUUUUGCCGAUGAUUCCUUCAUAUUCCCUGAUGAAGAUAAACCAAAAAAUCAUAAUGGUAAAGGCCAUCAUCAUGAUGAUGACGAUGAUGAUAUGGAUUUAGAUAAUCUUCAUCAUAUAAAUCAUAAUAAUAAUAAUAACAACCAUAACAAUAACAGUAACAAUAAUAAUAACGGUCAACGUCAUAUAAAGUCAGAAGCUGAAGAUCCUUUAUUAUCAAGUAAUUUUGCUUCUUCAACUGAUAGUUCACCAAACUAUCAAUCUAAUCAUCUUCAUAACCCUUCUCAAUUAGUCCUUGCUAAUACUUUCACCAACAGUAAUGGUAAUACCAAUAAUAAUAGUAAUCAAGAUAGUAUACUUGAUGAUAUUAAUAUAUCGAAAUUACCUAAAUUCCCCGUCCCACCUGGAGCCAAGAGUUCUUUGGUAUCGGCUGGUUUAUCACAAAAUCAAAUUGAUUUAUUAAGUGCUUUGAUUGCUCAACAUCAAACAAGAUUAGGUAAUCCAGUACCAAAUAAUAGUAGUACUACUGCUGAUUUCCCUCAUUUACCAAGUCAAAAUUUCAAUUCUCCUGUAAGACAACAUAAUCAAUUACAAUCUUUUAGUAGUACUGAUGAAGGAGUAGUGGCAAGUAGUAGUAGUCUUUCCAGUAAUAAUAAUAAUAGUGGUGAGGGAAUUAAUUUUGAUGAUAGUCCUAUUUCAAUGACUUCUUCUUCAACUACUUUACAAGCUUCCCCAAGUUUAACCAUGAGAACUCCAUCAUCAGAUGAAUUAUUAUCAAGGAAUGAAUUUGGUGGUAUGACAGCUGAAGUUGAUAAACGCCGUCGCAAUACGGCUGCUAGUGCCAGAUUUAGAAUUAAAAAGAAAUUAAAAGAAAAACAAAUGGAACAUCGUAUAUUCUCUUUAAAUGAAUUAAUUAAAGAAUUUGAAAUUAAAAUUCAACAAUUAGAAAUGGAGAAUAAAUUAUUAAGAAAUUUGAUUAUUGAAAAGGGAAGUCAAAAAUCAGAUAAUGAAUUGAAAUUAUUACGUGAAAGAGCAAAAUUAAAUUAGAUUAAAUUAAAAUAAUUUCACUUUCACUUUCACUUUC